AUGGUCAUUUCUGAAAUCGCUUCGAAUUUCAAUUAUUUCUCGCUGAUUAUUGCUUAUUCUUUUUAUGGUGUGGUUUUCAUUGUUGGAGAAAUCGCUCGACGAAUUGUUGAAAGAUUUAUAUCUCCUGGAAAUGUUUUGCAUUGUUUUCUCAUCGAAGCGAUUGCAACAGCGCAAAUGUGCACAUGUGUUUAUGAAAAUGCCAUUAUUUUACGGCACUACGGUGCUGUUGGUUUCUUUUUUGUGGUGGCAUCGGUACUUUUCCUUGGCGGUUGUGUUAAUCGAGGCGCUUUUAUUUCACCACUUGCACCAAUCGAAUUAUUUUUUUAUCAGACAAUUGGCAUCGAACGUUUUCUUGCUCUAUUAUCAGCUGAAUUAAUUGGUGCAUAUUCUGCCUUUAGAAUUGCACGACAGCUGUGGUAUUGGUCUUUGGAUUUAUCAGUAGAUCAUAUUUUGAACUAUGAAACAUCAACAUUUUGCUCGUUUACCUAUAAAGUGCCUUUCGCUUUGGUUCUUGGAUUUGAAAUAAUCGCAUGUUAUCUUAUGCGAACUAUAUUCAGUUAUGUUUCUGUUAUGAAUUAUAAGCAAUAUUUUAUUCCACCUAUUAUUUCUGCAUUCUUAACUAUCGCUUUGGUGAUUAUUGGCAUUCCUGGUUUAAAUCCUAUCGUGGCUACAUCUCGUUGGUAUGGCUGUGAUGGGCUAACGACCUCUUGGUUUAUUACUGUGUAUUGGACAUGUCCGAUAAUUGGUUGGAUGGCUUCAGCGAUCAUGCAAAAACGUAAAAGUGCAGUUGUAGAGAAGAAAAAGGAAUAA